CUUUUCACUAUAUAAACGCCCUAGAGCCCUUUACACCAUCUUCAACCACCCAAAAGAAUAAGUCCUUUGGUUCUGGUUCACAUCCAAUUCCCACAUAGAAAUCCCCAUGGCCUACCCUAGAGUUGGUGCCACCACCAUAACCACCGGCGUCACCACCGUUGACUGCCAAAAACAAGUCCGGUCAUGGCGGCUUCUUCGCUCUCUCAUCGAAGUUCUAAUCCCAACUUGCAAUUGCACCUUCGUAGAAGAUGAUCAUCAUCAAGAAAAACUAAACACCAAACAACAAAGCCACGUCAACAGAUACUACUAUCCCCAGCCAAGCUUUGCUUGCUCCAACAACAUCAUAAUCGGCACCAUAUUCGGAUACCGAAGAGGGAAAGUUAGUUUCUGUAUCCAAACAACCUCCCAGUCCAACCCAAUUCUCCUUCUCGAGCUAGCCUUGCCCACAACCGUUCUAGCCAAAGAAAUGCAAGGUGGGUUUCUUAGAAUAGCGCUCGAGGCAGCUACUGAUCCAAAUAGUUCUUCUAACUCUCUUUUGGCCACGCCUGUAUGGACCAUGUAUUGCAAUAGUAAAAAAGUUGGGUAUGCAAUCAAGCGCAAGCCUUCAAAGCAUGACAUGGAAGCACUGAGGGUGAUGGGAUCAGUUCUGGUGGGUGCUGGGAUUAUUAAUGGGAAUAAAGAGCUGAAUAAUUAUAGGGAGGGUGAUGAGAUUAUGUACCUGAGAGCCAAUUUUCAGCGAGUUUGUGGUUCAGCUAAUUCUGAGUCCUUUCAUUUGAUUGAUCCAGAGGAGAGUAUCGGCCAGGAGCUUAGUAUUUUCCUUUAUCGGUCAAGGUGACCAGGGAUUUUGUUUUGUGUAAUAUGUUGUAUGUAUUUUGGUUUUGUAAUUAGCAGCUAGCAACCCAUUAUUUUUACGGGAUCCUCCUUUUUUUGAGCUGUGCUUUGUGUAGCAGGGCUUCUUUUUGGGGUACCAUUUUCAAGGGUUCCCUUGUUAAUAUACAUGUAUUUGAUUGGAGAAUAAGCACUAUGGGGGGUGUGUAAUCACAUGUAUCCAUGCCUUAGUUAGACCAAAUAAUCAUAUACUGGUGGCAGAGGUAUAAGAAAUUGGAAGAUAAUGAGUAUGGCUAGAAGUUCUUGUUAAAUAUUUUGCAUACCUUUGAUAUGAGGAACCUUAUUGUAUAACAACUAUAACAUAUUGAA